UAGAUCUGCCCCGUCAUUAUGGUCUACGAGACGUCAUAUGAAAGCGGGCGCCAGCCUUUUGUUCCCGACACUCAACGCGGCAAUUGGCUGCAUCCUAAUGAUUUUAUUUAUGCCGGCCUAAGUUUGGCAUUUCGUGUUGAUAUCUUCUCCAUGUCUUGGUAUUUGUCAAUGGAAUCGGGAGUGGUUUCAUUUCUACCGGUUUAUCUCAUAAGUUUGGCCGUCUACAUAAUACCCUUUAUUGUGAUACAAUCGUUUAUGGGUCAAUUUUCCAGCAGUGGAUUUAUAUCGGCAUUUCGUCUAUCGCCGUUAUUUAAAGGAAUUGGUUAUGUGACGCUGGCUAUGAAUAUAUGUGUGCUCACUUACUACAGUAUAUUUGCCAUGGUACCAUUGCUCUACUUCUUUGCAUCGCUGAAUCCCACAUUGCCAUGGAGUUGUGAAGGAUUUAAAAAAUGGGCCCAAAACUUAACCGAUGAACAAGAAAUCAAUUUAUGUAAUAUGAAAUUUGGUAACCUUACCGAAUCCAAUGAAGGCAGUGGUUCGGGAGAUAGCAGCAAUGAAACAUCAAUGUCAUAUAAUGAUAAUUAUAUUAAUCAUCAUAUACCAUCGGUUUUAUAUUUUCAUUCCCUUUUCCAUGAUGUAAAUAUGUUCCACUAUGAUGAUGUGGAGUUUUCUAUGUCCUGGCAAUUGAUUCUUUGUGCUUUGUUGGUGUGGGUCAUAGUUGCAGUUAUAGUCUAUAAAUUCUUCAAAACAGAAACGUUCGGUGUCAUCAUUCGUUACUGCGUUUGGACUUUGCUCGGUCUUCUGCUAUUCCUUUUGAUACGCUUCAGUUUCAUACCUGGCGCAGAGAAAGUUUAUCGUCAUCUCUUUAUACCAACUUGGCGAGAUGUUGAAGUCGGCAUUGCUGCCAUACCCAUUUAUGGUAUAUCUGCAUUUGGCCCCGGCUGGGGUCUAUUUAUAACCCUCUCCAGCUAUAAUAAAUUCAAAACGAAUAUUGUAAAAUAUAGCUGGAUAAUUGGUUUGGGACAAUUUUUCCUAAUGUUGGGCAUAGAUAUGUUGCAGAAUUUUACAGAAGUCUAUUUGAGAGUAAAAACGGACAAUAAUUAUUACUCUGAUGUUGAGAAUAUUUGGACGCUGUAUUUGUCAAGCGGCAGUGUAAUGGCAGAUAUGCCCUGGCCCAACUUUUGGUCUAUGCUGUUGUAUUUCAUGUUAUUCCUGAGUGCAUUAUUAUUAAUUCUCAUUCAAUUUAAUUCAAUUUUAACCACAAUAUUUGAUGAAUUUGUAAAACUGCGUGAAAAGAAGUUGGAAGUUGCAAUGGGUCUAGUUGGCCUAAUGACUGCUGUUUCCCUUUACUUUACGUCGAAUCACGGCAUUACCUACUUCACGGCCCUGGCAGUUGAUACUUAUACCACCCAUACAGCAAUUAAUUUGCUAUUAAUAUUAGUCGUACUCUGGAUAUAUGGUCGCGUUCGUUUCCAACGUGAUUUUGAAUUUAUGACAAAUCAUCGUUUCUCGACCUGGAAUAUUAAUAUUUUGAGAUUUGUAGCACCCUUGGGUAUGCUGGUGGCAUUGUUACUCGGCAUAAUUGUGGCCUUCUAUGAGCACAUGCUGUCCAAUGUUUUCAUAGCAAUUUUGGGUUUCAUAUUUAUGUUCCUACCCUGGCUAUUUAUACCCGGCUAUGCCGCCCACUCAAUGCUGCAAAGUUUGGGAUCAUUUAAGACACGUUUUCAACGAUGCUGCCGCCCAACCGAUUGGUAUCCCACCCAGGCCGAAGAUCGACAACGUUAUGAGGAGGCAAUGGGUAAUAUGGAAAUUACCCAUCAAUUAAACGAAGUAACCGAUGAGGUGCUAUAAU